GUUAUAUAUGAUGUGAAGGAAUUUACCAAUAACAAAAUAUGGAUAAUACCGAAUUGUUAUUCUUUGACACAUUCUCCCACGACAUUUCAGAGGAAUUAAAUUUGGAUUUGGUACAAUUCCCUAAGCCUGUUUAUAUUAGUGAAGUAAGAAUAAUACCAUUAGGUGCACGUGUACAAGCAGACUUUCCAGGAGGAGUACGUCUUGGAGCAACUAAUCCUUCUCAAUUUGAAAUUGAGUUUUUUGUAAACGAUCUCAGUAAGCCUGGAGCAUCUACUUUUGAGUCUCUGGGUGGUUUGGAAUAUAAGCAGAACAUUCAUAUCCAGCUGGAAUGUGAACGAAAACAAAUACCAACUGAUGGAUUAGUGCUAAGAGGAUGGUAUACCACAAUAACAUUAGCAGUGUAUGGUACUCUGACAAAGUCGCUGAACAAUCCACAAGAGAUCAACAAUUCAACAGCUGGAUCUACUGCUUGUGUCAGUGCUCUGGAAGAAAAUCCUAAAAGUGCUGCUCAGACUCCUUCAGAACAGCAACCUGAGUGGUAUUAUGAGAACCAGCACCAAACAAAUUCAUCAGAAACCUGUGUUGCUGCAACUCCACCACCACCAGUUCAACCAAUUCAAGUUGUAGAACCAUCCAGGUCUACUGCAUCAGACACCGAAAAGCCAGAAUCAGGACAAUGGGAAGAGGAGGCAGCCAGCAAUACAGCCGAAAAGUCAUCGAAACGACCGGCCUCUCCUCCUACGGAAUCCUUGAUUUCUCUGAGUCCCGAGUCUAUUUCUGCCGAAGAAGAAGAAGCAGAACAACAAGAAGCAGCUGAGCCUGAGACUGGCGAGCCGUUUGAGCCUAUAUUAUCAGACGAAGACAUAAUGACUGAUGAUGUGCCGUCUACGGCCGAAUUCGAGUGUGAAACCGCGCAAAUCGAUGAGAUCUACGCAUUGAUGCCGCCUGAUUUGCUCAAUCUAGAGAAACCAAGCAAUCUGGAGGAUCCUAAUGUAAAUCACGAAACUUUAUUGAAAAUCAGAGAGAUCCUUCAGCCCUUGUCUAAAUCAGUCUCGCACUUUCACAACGCGUCUGGUCAAGAGAAAGAAACGUUUGUCCACAAUUGCGAAUCUCUGUGUGUCAUAUUAGGUCCAUUCUACUACAGUACAGACAAUGUCAAUGACUUGACCAACAUCGUCAAUGCUGGCUUAGACAUGGAACUUGCUAGAGCCCAACCGCAACCUGCGUACAAGGUGCGACAUGUAAAGGUGGGAGUGCGUUUAGCGGAAGCUCUCUGUCGAUUAUCCAUCGGUCCGGAAAUUCUAUUGAAAGUCGAGGCGCCGUCCAAGUUGUUGUCUCUUUGUAUGCGUGAGAAUGUGGCUCUGCCAGUGAAACUUUCCGCUCUGCGAGCUCUUGACGCCGCACUAAUCAGUCCGGUGAUUGUACAGGAGUUCCUAAAUCCAAAGAUUAAUCUGUAUAGAAACACAUUAACGAUGUUGGAUACGGUGAAGUUAGCCAGACUAAAAUACGCCCUGAGCUCGCUCCUCCGCAAAGUCCACGUUUACGAAUAUUUGGAAGAGACAAAAGAGUUUGACGAGCUCGGUUUGGCCGAGCUGAUAAAUGCCUAUGUUUGCGCGCCGACAUUGAUGGCGCAGCCUAAACGCCAGCUGCCGGCCGGUGCUCAGAUAGAAUUCGAGCGAGAACGUACUCGCAAUCCUCGCGCUCAUCUAGUAGCCUAUUUUGAGUACCACAAAUUAGCCCAUCACUUCUUGCUGACUUUGUCCUCACCGAAUUGCGACUUGAAAGUGAUCAAACUGAUCCGUCGCUUCCUCCUACAUCUUUCAGAUACGAAGGAAGGCCUGUUCUACUUACUGAAGGAGGCCGAGGUGGUACGGUUGAUGUUAAAGGCUCUAAAAUACGAAUUACCAGGCGCUGGUUCCAUCUUAGCGUGGCGUCUUCAAGUCGCGCAGUGUUUGAUUCACUUGAGACAGACGCCGGACGAUUGGAUGACUCUGAAACGUCUGCACUCUUUUCUCGUCUCUCCUGAUGGCUUACGCGCCAUUCUCAAGGUAAUACCGUUAGGCGACUAUAUGGACAUACUGAUCCCCUAUUUGUCGGAUCCCAAUCUCUGCGAGUUUGCUGUCGAAGUAAUCUCCGCUAUCGUCCGUUACUCCGACCGUGUAGAGAUCUUGCAGAACCGUGCGGAAUUGAUACUAGAUAAGGCUCGCGAGCAUGCCGUUCUCAGGGACGUGACAUCGUACUUGACGACCGCGGCUCAAGCCUCUCACUGGGACUACAGUGAUGUCUCGUCGCUAGUGACGAUUAUUAGGAAGAGCGCAGAGAAAGCUGCGUCUCUGCCUGGUCAACUGAUCACCGCAUGCAGGAUCUUGCAUUAUCUCAUCUUUCCAUCGAACAACGAUGUCGAUCCCAUGGAACCCUAUGUCGAGCUCAAAUACAGGAAUGCUCUGACACAGCUCUUCGCUGCUGACGGUCUGACUGCCCUAGUUGCCGUGAUGGCGAAUGUAUCUGAAUUUUACGAACAGCCUUUUCUUCAUCGUGCAGCCUUGACUGGUCGCAGGGGUAUGGCAUUGGUCGCCCUCUUGCUGCCCUGUGUAAAGUUGACCAGGGCGCUGUUGGAGAGGCUUGUCAAAUGCAUGGCGACGGACUUUAAGGAUCUGACGGCCGUCGUUCCGUUGUUGGGUGUCUAUUCUUUGAUCGAGGCCGUGCCACCAAAUUUGAUUGUGCGAACUCUGUCCGAAGAGAUUGUAGGCACACUGCUGGUAUUCACCCAAGCCGUUGACUCUGAUGGCUCCGGCAACGUGGCUAAAUCCUUAUGGACUCAGAUGUUGGGCGAAGUCUUGAAGAUGGUCUCGCUCAGUCCUUGCAAUUUCGUGCCGGGUCUGAAACUGCUGACACGCCUAUUACCGCCUGUUUUGACACCGCGAGAGACUGCUACUGAGGACGCGGCAAGAGUUCUGGGUUUGAGGAAGCUCUGGUCCGCACAUCUGCAAGCACAAGCCACGAAUCUCACGGAAACUCUACGAUUGCUCUGCGCCAGUUGGAACGGAGAAGUUUUGCUUCUUUUGUCCACGGUUUGCAAGCAGUUGAGCGACUUGGCGGCGCCAACAGCUCUCUUAGUUGGGAGAUGUCUGUUGGAUGGUAUCUUAGCAGCUACUCCUCAGAAUAACGUUCCUGUUCUCGCCCUAAUCAGCGAUUUAGCCAGACACGCGCCCAUGAAGGCUACCUUAUUAACUCUGACGAGUCCUGCAUCCAGAGCACAAGUGAAAUCCGACCAGAAGUAUCCACCGGUCAUCGAGAUGAUGUGUUCCACUCUGAAGAACAGCAAUGAAGUUCGUGUACAAUAUGAAAUCCUCAGUAUCUUCGAGACCUUAUGCGACUGUAAUCUAAGCCUCGUGCAAGAAGACAACGAGCCGUUUGAGAAGAAACUGACGCAUUCAGUACCUAGCAAGGAACCUUUACUAUCCAUUCUCGCGGCUCUGAUCGAAAUCUUAGCCACCAGUACGAAAUACCAGCUGGAUGUGAUAGAGAGCACUCUGCACGUUCUUCUGUCUCUCAUCGGUCACAACUACGGUCUGUAUCACGUGAAGAGUUGCCUGGAGAACAAUCCUGGUGCCUUACGCGCGUUGUUGGAUCAUGUGUCUACUUUAGAAAAUCCCGAGAUAUGUUCGCUUGUUGAUCUGACCAUAACCUUUUUGGAGAAUUUGAUUGCUUCCGAUUCAGAGAGACGAUCCCUGCAUCUACGCACACAACAAUUAGCUUCUUUGAUCUCCUGGGAGAGGAACGAUCAUCCCAUAGAGAAACUGAAGCGCGCGGAGGAGCUAGUGGAGACUUUGAAAGCCGAAGAGAGAGAGGAGAAGGAACCUAUCCCGGAGAUGUUGGAACCGCUAUUGCCUACUCCAGAAGCUCUGCUAAAUCAAUUCUCGCAAAGAUGUGCUGGAACAAUCAAUGAUAGUCCAACCCAGUUCACGAAAUUCUCAUUUGUGACAGCCAGUCAAAUACAAACUGAGAAUACGGUGGACUUGAUGGCACUUGCCGCUGAAUUAUUGCCCGCUGACUUUAAUUUGUUGGCGGAGGCGCAGAAUUUGUGCUCUAAAGCACCUCCCGAUGAUGCCACUCAACCUCUGCAAUCGAAACCCCAGGAUGAGGAACAAGAAAGCAGAACAGAGAAGCAGAGCUCUCCAAUAGCCAAAUCAAAACAGCCGUUUGUGACACCGGUACGAGGUCGAAAUCAAUUCACCAACUCAUUGCGAGGUGGUCCAGUGGGUGGAGGAGUGGGUAGAGGAGCUGAUCCUUUCCGAUCCAGACCACCUAAUACUUCGAGACCACCAUCUCUUCAUGUGGACGAGUUCGUAGCGUUGGAAACAUGCGGCGCUCAACCAACGGGUCCCACUGGUUACAAUAAGCUUAGCAUACGUGGAACAUGUCCACCGCGCGCUAUCAAUAGUGGAACCAGAAGUCGACCGUGGGCGCAGGAAACUCGUCCUCCGUAUCUUCGUUAAUUUACUCUUCCUGUUUGCUCCCAGUUCUUAUUCUUCCUCAAAUUGCAUGAAAAUAUCUAAAUAAUGCUAUAAAAUAAUUCAAGAAGCCAUCUAAUAAAUUCCUGACAAGGUAAAAUUGUUAAAAGAAAAUUAAUUUACCAAAGAA